AUGGCCUGGGCCAACUCUACUCCGGGCCGCGCUGCGACCCCGACUGUUUUUGAGCAACAGCGUGAGGAAUUGGUUCGCGAGAUUGCGGUGGUAGGUUCAAGUUUGAAUGCUUUUGAUGCUUGUUCUUGGGUCAUUGUUAAUUUUUGCUUUGUUGGUGGGAUUCAGGGCAUGGAGCAGGUUCUUCAGAAUAUUAAUAAACUUAAUCGCAAUUUGGAGAGCAUUAUCACGGUUGGUAAUGAAUUCAGCUCUGUCGAGGCUCUGUGGUCCCAGUUCGAGAAUUUUAUGGGUCAACCUGAAGAGGCCGAGGAGGGCGGCGAGGGCAAGCGCAAGGUCAGCGGGGAGAGCGAGGGACAUCCGAUAAAGAAGGAAGAAGACGAGGAGGAGACAAUGCUCUGA